AUGAAAUUGAGAAAUUGCGAGCUGUGCGGCGCGGCUGCCGCCAUCUACUGCCCCUCCGAUGACGCAUUCCUUUGCCGGACCUGUGACGCGGAGGUCCACGACGCCAAUUUCCUCGUCGCCCGCCACGUCCGCCGCUCGGUCUGUCCCAUCUGCUCUAAUCUCGCCGGAAACGGAUUCUCCGGCGCCGACUGUCCGCCUUCCCUCGCGACCUGCCCGUCGUGCGCCCCGGCCUCAGACGACGACGGCGGCGUUACAUCCUCCGGUUACUCCUCCGAUUGCAUCUCGAGCACCGCCUCUCCGGCGAAGGUGCGCUCCGAAUGCGCGUCCGGUGAGCGCCGCCUCGGCGGCGAAUCGAGGCGGACGGACUACGCGGGGGCGGAUGGGGUCUUCGCCGAGUGGUGCCGCGUGAUCGGCGUCGCCGGCGACGGAACGGCGGUGCGGAUGGCGUGCAAGGGCCUGAGGGCGUGCUCCGGCAGCUGGGCGGCGGUGCCGUACCGCGUGUGCCUGGCGGCGUCCAUGUGGCUCGGGUUGAGGCUCGCGAUGAACAAGGAGGCGACGUGGCAAGUGCUGAAGCGGCUGGAGGCGGUUUCCGGCGUUCCGGCUGGGGUCAUUCUAGCGGCUGAGCUGAAGCUGGAGCGUGGCUUGAAGGGAGCGAGGCGGCGGCUGCAGAGGCGCCGGGUUGAGCUGGAAGAGGGAUGGGCCGAGUGCUGA